AGUAGACCCUGAGAGAGGGAGAAGGAGACGCUGAGAGAGAGAGAGAGAGAGAGAGAGAGAGAGAGGGAAGUAGACGGUGAGAGAGGGAGAAGGAGACGUUGGGUCAGAGCAGGUAUGUGCACUUUCACUGCAGCUGCGUUUCCACCUCCCUCCCCCAACUUCGAAAUGGAUAGCCGUUGCCUGUAACAGAGUAACCUGUGACUUGAAAAACACCUAAUUCCUCUGUUACAUUUCUUGCAAUCUUACCUGAUAGAAAGUUACAGCUUGAGAUUUUGUUACCUGUAACAUUUCUCCUCCAAACACAAACUUGAAGAAAGUCACCUGUAAUUUUCUUACAUUUUACAGAAGUUACAGGCAUCCAAACGGCCCCUAAAUCUCUGAAGACCGUCGAUCGGAAAAAGAAGGCAAAAAAAAAAAAAAAAAGAAAAGAAGGAAAGAAGGAAAAAUCUUGCUUACAGCAUCUGGAUUCAUGGUGGGUUGGCGGAGGCAUAUAUUACACUCUAUAAUCCGUCGUGUCGGCAAUAGCCCGCAUCGGAAUCUCUCUGCAGGUGUCGAAUGUUCUAGCGGUCGGAUAUGUCUGGCUCCAUUACCAGGGCACUUUCCUUUUCUACAGAGGGCAUUAGGUCUAUCUUCAGAUGUCAUUCCGCGGUCUUUUUAUCGUUAUCUACAAGAGUCGGGAAUUUCCAGCUCGAGGAAAUUGCUAGCAGAGUCUGAUGCAAACAUAACACCUGUUCGUUCUCCUUUGACACCUGUUUUGGCAAUUGAUAGUGGAAAAACAGAAAGCCAGGCUGUGGUUAGUAAACCUUCAAAAGUUCAAGCAGUUAGGAAGGACAUAAAACAGAGUCCUAAGAAGGUCAAUUUGGUAGCUGCAUUGGUUCGUGGGAUGCGUGUUGAAGAUGCGCUAUUGCAGCUGCAAGUAACAGUGAAACGUGCUGCAAAGACUGUGUAUCAGGUUAUAAACUCAGCUCGUGCAAAUGCAACCCAUAAUCAUGGCUUGGAUCCAGAUCGUCUCCUUGUUGCUGAAGCAUUUGUUGGAAAGGGGUACUUUAAAAAGCGGGUGUCAUACCAUGCAAGAGGGAAAAGCGGGAUCAUGGUGAGACCGGAGUGCAGGCUGACAGUAGUGGUGAGGGAGAUCACUGCUGAGGAGGAGGCUGAGAUAGCCAGGCUGAGAGUCAGCAAAUUCCUCAAGCUGACCAAGAGGGAGAGGCGGCUGGUCCCUCAUCAGCUCAUCGAGACCACCCCAAGGUGGAGCCGAAAACGCACUCCCGAGUGAAUCCGCAUUGGAUGCCAUGGCUUGAGUGGACCAUCCAAACAGAUGCCAGAGUAGGUUUGGCUGGGAUUCAGCAUUCAUCAGAAAAUUAUGUUCCUCUACAGUUCUAGGCACACAGGACUAAGUUAUGCUAGGAGUAUCACAGCCUAGGAUAUUUGGGAUUGCUGUUUGCAGAUGAGUUGCUGAUUUUGUAGCUUAGAUCAAACUCAAUCAAACUUCUUUGUUUGGCAGGAAUAAGAAAUGAAAAUGAAUGAUGAAACGAAAGAUCUACAUGCCA